AGAAACCUGUCCAUCUUGUUGCAGCUGAAUUCCAAAUCACUUUCAACAAACGGCAGCUGGAGUCUCGCUCACACCCAUACACACACAGAGCGAUGAGAAGAACAGUGGCACAUGUCUGGACCUGCGUGCUUUUCACAUAUUUUCUUAGAAAAACGGAUGGAAGACCUGAAGAGGUUCAUGUAGCCUGUCGGUACUCUGAGGACUGCCUCCUUCCCUGCAGUUUCUCCCCGUCAGGCAGGGAGGAGAUCCGCUGGUUCAGGAUGGGACAGGACUCCCUGAUCUACAGCCAUCCGCCGAGCGCAGACUCGCAGGAUACGAGUUUUGUGGGCAGGACAUCCAUUUCUGCUCACGAGCUGUCACUCGGGAAUGCGUCACUCCUCCUGCAGCACUGCAUCGUGAGCGACAGGGGGCGCUACAGGUGUGAAGUCUCGAAGGGUGAAAAAAAACACAACGUCUUAGUUACGCUUAAUGUGGAAGCUCUUAUACGCUCUGUGGAUGUUGAGCUCACUCGUCUGAGCGGUUACGAGGAGAUCAAGUGCACCACGGACAAUGUUUACCCGGCUCCUCACGUCUUCUGGGCCACCGAUCCGCCCAUGGAGAAACUCCAAUACACAACGAGAAAGAAGGCCAACGAGGAGGGGCUGUACAACAUGGAGAGUAAACUGAAGAAGCUUGUUGAGCUUCACAACAUCACCUACAUCUGUACCAUCAACUCGUCCGAUGCUGCUCAGACGUGGACCGCAUCACUGAGCGAGACAGUUCUUAACAACAACACCGUCACAUCAAAGCUGCACGCGUUUUCCACCAGGACUGAAGUUAACUCAGCUGAAGGGCAGGACAUCAUCAUCCCCUGCAGAACCUCCAGGAACAUGCAGAACUUUACACUGACCUGGUUCUUCAGCAAAGUUCCAGACCAGUCCACUGUCAUCUGCACAUACGACAGCAGGACGCAGCAGAUCCUCAACCACUGGAACGGCACAGCGCGGCUCGAAACCCAGAACCUGCAGCGAGGUGACGGAUCCCUGAGACUGAAGGCCAUCCAGAGCCAGGAACACAUGGGAGUGUACACCUGUAACAUCUCAGCACUCCAGUGGAACCACGUUGGACAAACCAGCGUCAACAUUACAUCACCAAGUUCUCAAAACGAGACUUCACACAGCUCCAAACCCUGGUGGAUUCCUCUGGUCGUUGUUCUCGCUCUAGUUUUCAUCAUGGUGGCCGCGAUGAUAGCAAUAGUCAAAAUCCAAACCCAGUGCUCACAAAGCGAAACCACGGCAACGGCCAGGUACUCCAGGGAGGUUAAAGUUUCCAUAGAUAAGGGUGGAGAAACAAAAGAAGGAAGUCAUUUAACAUCUGAAAAGUGAAGAGCACGCAUGAGGAGGACUGAAGCAUCAUCUGCGUAUCUACAGAAACCUCAGAGAGCAGAGCAAGUUCUACUGUUUAUAACCGCAACAAUGGAUUGUUGAUGAGGCUGAGAAUUUUCCCUCAUUUUGCACAGAAUUUUCUCUAUUAACUACUUUAAUUAACAAUAUAAUUGAAUAUCAGAUUAAAGAUUUAAAGAGAUUUAUUAAUUAGUCCAAAAAAGAAAUUGCUUAUACAGUGGAACCUUGUAUUACGAGCAUAAUCUGUUCCAGAAGCGGACUCAUAUUCCGAAACAUUCAAAGCCAUAAGAAAUUAUGGAAACUCAAAUUAUUCAUUCCACAGCCCAAAAAAAUAAAUACAUAAAAAUAAUCAACACAAAAUAUUUAGUAAAAAAAAAAAAAAAAGAACCUGCACUUAACUUUUAAAAAUAGAGUAAAAAUAAAUACCGACCGAUAAGUGUUUUCAUUUGUGUGUGUGUGUGUGUGUGUGAAUCUAAAGUAAGCUCCCCUCUCCCCCAUCUUGUACACAGUUACCCUUCCUCCACGCUUUUCACACACACACAUACGCGCUUAACGAAAACACUGUUUUAUCGAAAAAAUAAACAAGAAAUCUCUCUAUUGACACUCGAUUUAGUGACACACAAACGGAAACACUGCUGUAACGUAAAAAUAAAAAACAAAGAAACCUGCACUAUACCUUUGGAGAGAAUCGCGACACAGCAGUGUUUCUGUGUAGAGCAGAGAGAAAGAGGUUGUGUGUGUCUGUAAAGGUGAAAGUAGGAGGGAAGAGUGUGUGUGUGUGUGUGUGUGUAUGCACACAGGCACAAAGAUCAAGCAGAGCCUUGAUACAGAGAAAGAAAAUGGAUCUUUAACCUCUCUAAUGAGACUUGCUUUUGCUGUACACACGCGUUGUACACACACGCAUACAGACACAAAAUAAAAGAUGUUUUACCCACACACGUGGUCACAGUGUUAUAGUAAACUGUACAUGGGUGCACGAAUGUUGAUUAUACCAGUAAGAGACGCGCACUAAGACCCAGCAGGGGAGACGAUUACCCACAAUUCCGCAGCGCAAGAGAGAAAAAACAUUGGCUCAGUUGUGAUCACAUGACGCUCGGCAUCAAAACAAGAAGCGCAUGCGCGAUACAUGAUACUCGGUACUCGUAAACCAAGACUUGUUCUUUUUCCAAGUCAAAUUUUAUAAAAAAUCUUUGCUCGUCUUGCUGAACACUCGCAAACCGCGUUACUCGCAAUCUGAGGUUUCACUGUAUAUAAUUAAUUAUAGUAUGAGAGGUUACACUGCUGGUGUGUUUUGCUCAGGGCCAAGCUUUCAAAUAAAAGAACUUACAUUUUUAAAGUAUUUAGAAAUGUGCUGAGUUUCAUGAACACCACAAGUUCUGAGAAGUUCUGAACUGACAAAAAUAUAAAAAACAUUUAUAUUUAUAUUUAUUCUUGAAUAUAUUGCUUUGAUUUUAUAGUAUAGAUUAAUUACAAAACAAAGUUUUUAUAUUUAACUAUGUAUUUUUUGUAAAAGUUUUUUUUAAAGAUUUUUAGAGAACAAAG